AUGGCAGACGAGUUCGACACGGGCGACAUGUUCAAGGACCCGGAGGGGUUCUACCCUCCGGAGAAAGAGCCUACUUUUGCAGAGCACCGCAUGCUCUCCGGCCAGACGGUGCGCGUGCGCCUAGUGGGAAGCCACCCCCUCUAUGGAAACAUGCUCUGGAACGCAGGCCGCAUAAGCUCCGACUACAUCGAGACCAACGCCCCCACACUCAUAAUCGGCAAGGACGUUCUUGAAAUCGGCGCCGCAGCAGGCGUACCCAGCAUCGUCAGCGCGAUCAAGGGCGCGCGCACCACCGUGAUGACCGAUUACCCGGACCCGGACCUCGUCGAUAACAUGCAACACAACGCCGAUGCCUCCGCGUCGAUGAUCCCCACCGAUCCUCCGUCGAGAUUAUACGUUACAGGCUAUAAAUGGGGUGCUGAUGUGGAACCGCUGCUGAAAUAUAUACCUGAAGAGUCGAGGUCGGAGGGGUUCGAUGUGCUCAUCAUGGCGGAUGUCGUGUACAGCCAUCGCGAGCAUGGGAAUCUAGUCAAGACGAUGCAGAUGACCUUGAAGAAGACGCGGGAGGCGGUUGCGCUGGUUAUUUUCACACCGUAUGAGCCGUGGCUGCUACCGCAGACGGAGAGGUUCUUUCCCCUUGCCGAGGCCGGUGGGUUCACGGUCACAAAGGUGUUUGAGAAGCUAGUGGAUAAGGUCUUGUUUGAGGAUGACCCAGGGGAUGAACGACUGCGGCGGACGGUAUUCGGAUACGAGCUGCGCUGGUCUGAAGACCAGCUACGAUAG